CGGAGAUCCCUUUCUCCCGUGAUUUUUACUUGAAAAGCCUGAGUCUAGUGUAACCAUUUAACCAACUAAAAUAAGAGACACACCCAAACUAAACACACCAUUUUUUUUUCAUUUUAUUUAUAGUUUUAUAUUGGCAGCAAAAACAAACUAAUAUUUUCCGGAAAAGGAAAUCACACCAAGCAUUCGACUGAUUCUUGUAAUGGGUUUUGGACUUUGGGGGAUGAAUUGAAGAUAGGGCUUUUUAUGUGGUUCUGAUUUGGAAUGUGAAUGGGAAUUUGGGUAAUUGGAGUGGUGCAUUGAAUUGGAUCGGAGUGAAUUUUUAUUUUAAUUUUUUUUGGGAAUAAUUAGCCGAUGAGACGGCGAUGUGGUGUGUAUUAGAGAAAUGGAGGUUAGAUCUGACGGCAUUCCGGUUCGGUGCGAUAAGAUUCCGGCUCCGGUGAUUCCCAGGACCCGUUUACAGGUCUGGUUCAUUCGUGUCUGCUCCAGCAUUUUGCUAUGGACGUGUUUGGUUCAGCUCGUGGCCGUUGGGGAGCUAUGGCAUCCACAUUUUUUUACCAAUAUAACGAAUCGGAUAUCUCAGAUUGCCAUGGUUCCGCGUGCCAUUCAAUCACCACCACCUCUUCUUCCAGCAAGAAAAUAUAAAAGUAAUGGUUUUCUCAGGGUGUCCUGUAAUGGGGGCUUAAAUCAAAUGCGUGCAGCGAUCUGUGAUAUGGUGACGGUUGCUCGGCUUUUGAAUCUUACAUUGGUUGUACCAGAGCUUGAUAAGACAUCUUUCUGGGCUGAUCCUAGUAAUUUUGAAGAUAUAUUUGAUGUGAGGCAUUUCAUUGAUUCACUGAGAGAUGAAGUUCGUAUUGUCAGAAGACUGCCUAAGAGGUUUAAUAGGAAACACGGUCACAAACCCCUUCAAAUGCCUCCUGUUAGUUGGUCAAACGAAACCUACUAUUUGCAACAGAUUCUGCCACUCUUCAAGAAGCAUAGGGUGUUGCAUUUCAACAAGACAGAUGCACGUUUGGCAAACAAUUGGAUUGCUCUUGAUCUUCAGAAACUUAGGUGUCGUGUUAAUUUCCAGGCUCUAAAAUUCACUCCCCAGAUUGAGACGUUGGGAUACAAAUUGGUUCGGAUACUUCAGGAAAAUGGGCCCUUUGUGGCUUUGCAUUUAAGAUAUGAAAUGGACAUGUUGGCUUUCUCAGGCUGUACUCGUGGUUGUUCAGAGAAAGAAGCUGAAGAGCUCAAACAAAUGAGGUAUGCAUACAUCUGGUGGAGAGAUAAAGAAAUAGAUUCUGAAUUGAGAAGGUCGCAAGGUUUGUGCCCUCUGACACCAGAGGAGGCAUCAAGAGUUUUGCAAGCAUUGGGAUUUGACAGGGACACACAGAUCUAUAUAGCAGCUGGUGAGAUCUAUGGUAGUGAACGGAGACUUGCAGGGCUAAGAGCUGCAUUUCCACAAAUUAUUAAAAAGGAAAUGUUGCUUGCCCCUGAGGAGUUGCAACAAUUUCAGAAUCAUUCAUCUCAGAUGGCUGCUUUAGAUUUUAUGGUUUCAGUAGCCAGCAACACAUUCAUUCCAACCUACGAUGGGAACAUGGCUAAACUUGUUGAAGGUCACCGUAGGUUUCUGGGGUUCAAAAGAACUGUCUUACUAGAUCGGAGAAAACUUGUGGAGUUGUUGGAUAUGCAACAAAAUGGGACAUUAUCAUUGAAUGAGUUUGCCGUUGCUGUUCAAUCGGCACAUGAGAAAAGGAUGGGACAGCCAAGUCAACGCAGAGUAAUUGCAGACAAGCCAAAGGAGGAAGAUUAUUUUUAUGCAAAUCCUCAAGAAUGCUUGUGUGAGAGAACAAGCUGCGAUGACUUGCUCAGCCCUGAUAACUCAACUGCAAUUGGGUGACUGCAAGCAAAACCAAAGUAAUGGAUUGAUACCACGUAAGGGUUUCCACACAGUAGGUUAAAACAACCUACAUCUUUUAACAGAGAUAGCCUUUGAUUACCCUGUAUACCCACACCCAAGAGUUUUGUAGGAAAUGCUAUUAAAAGGAAGGAUGAUUGAGUUCACAUUUGAGCAUCUAAGUUGUGGUGUUCCAUUUUUUUUCCUUCGUGUUUAUACCUAUAUAUUUGUUUAUUCAUGAGUGUUCAAAAGUGCACUUCAAUUUUACACAACAUAAUCGAGAAUUGAAAAUUUAGCCCCAGUUGAUCUUCAUGAGGGCAUGUU